GAUGUGAAAAAAAAUGUCUUUAGGUUUACUGUUUGUUUUAACAGCUAGAUAUUUUCAAUACCUUUAGAAAUUUUGUGAAAUCUUGGGAGAGAUAUGGAAUGUUCCAUACUUUUCUUUAGAAAAAAUAACAUUUUUUAUAAAAUGUCGACUGUAUUAAGCAAUCCAGUUAGAUUGAUGCAGUUGUUUACACGAAGACAAUACAUGCAAUGUGGCUGUGGUGUGAUGGCUACUUUGAAGCAUCAGAGAACUUCAAAAAUGUUAAUCAGAUGCUCCACGCAACAGACUGAUGUUGGGUUGGAUGCACCAAAAGACACAGUCUCAUAUCAAGUUGGUUCAAUCAUUGGCAAAAUAAAAUAUAGCCUAGCAAAAUAUACAUCUGUAGGUUUAACCUCAAAGAAGCUAUAUGAAUGCUGUGCCGAAGGAAUUUACCAUGAAGAAUUUUUCAAAGCUUGUGAUAUGCCAGACACAUUUCAAUCUUGGUUCUAUGUGAUGCAGUUACACAUAUGGAUGAUAUUAGUGCGCCUGCGCGUUGAGGGCAAGCAUGGUAAAAACAUUUCUUACAAAAUGGUUGAACUCAUGUGGAAAGAUGUGGAGCAGAGGAUGAAAUUGAUUGGUGUUGAGGAUACAAGUGAACGGAGAGAAACAUUACAAGAAUACGCUCAACAAUUUUUCGGUCUUAUUAUCGCGUACGACGAGGGCAUUCUGGGUCAUGACAGAGUCCUUGCGUCUGCUUUGUGGAGGAAUCUGUUUUACAACAAACAUAAUACAGAUGCAGAGAGUUUAGCUCAUAUGGUUGGUUACGUCAGAAGACAGAUGCAAUACUUAGAUGGUCAGAAUUCAGACACCAUUAUGUUGGAAGGUGAAAUCAAGUGGCUUCCGCUCGACCAUGAGGCGCCGAUGAGUAUAAAACAAGAGAUUCCCGACCCAGGUUAAUACGACGGUACCGAAGAAAUAUAAAAUUAUAAUUUUGCGCAAAGUUGUCUGAAGAACGUAGUGGAUGUAGAAAACAUGGUAGACUGUUCAUAUGUUUAUUUCACCAAAAUAUUUUUGUAGAAAGAAAAAGUUGUAAAACAUUAAAGUAAUCACUCGAAAA